AUACCCCUCCACUCCUUCCUAUUCUUCUAUUUAUCAUCUGUUGCCAGACACAAAACCAAAUCCCUCACUCUCUCUCUCUCUCUCUCUCUCUCUGAGAUCUCAUCACCUCAGAAUCAAUGGCAGACGCACCCAGACCAAGCUCCACAAUCAACCGCCGCCAGCCCAGCCGCCUCCAGCGGCGCGCCCCGCCCCCUUCUUCCUUACAAAUAAAUCGCGUCCCUGAUUGGAACAUCGCGAUCCCCCUCCUCUCUCCUCUCGUCUCCCCCGAUUGCCCUAUAGACACCACCAAAUCCCGAGACCAGCACCAGCAGAAGGAGAUGCCACGUCAUCAUCAGGGGGCGGAGGCCGAGAAAUCGGCGCCGGCGAUGGUAUUCAAGAAGUGGCAGCAUCCGGCGGCGCCCUUCUGCUACGAGCCGGCUCCGUUUGUCUCGGCUUUUGUUCCGGUGUAGCCGCGAGCAGCAGAUUCGAUCCCGUUUGGGUUUAGGAAAAUCCUGAAGAAAUUUUUAGUCUUUUUUUUAUAUAAUUUAAUUUGUAAAAUAGUCUCUGUAGAUUUCAUCUAACGGUGUAUGUGUGCUCAUCGAGUUAAUUUGUGAUCAAACAUGCACGUGAUUUUGCCAAUUGUAAAAUUGCUAAUUCCAAUUUACAGUUCCACAGAAUUCAAUUUUAUUUUGAUUUUUGGUUAAUGAAUGAAAUGUGCAGCUCUUCUUCUGUCAA